GGUCAACAAGAAGAGGUGGGGGGAUUUAGCUGAGCACAGCAGUGGGGUUGGUAGCAUAUAAAUAUGAGCUGGGGUGUGUCCAGGUGUUUUCUAUUCACCAUGGGACUGCUGGCUCUGUUGCUGAUGGUUGGAGCUGCUGCUGCAGUUCCCCGCGAAGAUGGCAGAAUCAUUGGUGGGCAGGACUGUGAACCUCACUCUCGUCCAUACAUGGCCUCCCUUAACUAUGGUUACCACUUCUGCGGUGGGGUUCUCAUCAACAGUCAGUGGGUUCUCUCUGUUGCCCACUGUUGGUACAAUCCCUAUGCCAUGCAGAUCAUGUUGGGAGAACACGACGUGCGAGUGUUUGAGGGUACAGAGCAGCUCAUGAAGACUGAAAACAUCAUCUGGCACCCUAGUUACGACUACCAGACUCUGGAUUAUGACAUCAUGCUGAUCAAGCUCUUCCACCCAGUAGAGGUGACUGCGGCAGUCGCACCCAUCCCAUUGCCCAGAGAGUGCCCAAUGGGGGGGCUCCCCUGCUCUGUGUCUGGCUGGGGUAACACGGCCAUGAAUGGCGAGGUCUACUUGCCCACCCGUCUGCAGUGUCUGAACGUGCCCAUAGUUCACGACCAGGACUGUGAAAACGCUUAUCCUGGCAUGAUCACACGCAGGAUGGUGUGUGCCGGAUACAUGGAUGGGGGCAGAGAUGCAUGCAAUGGUGACUCCGGCAGCCCUCUGGUGUGUGCUGGAGAGGUCCACGGGCUGGUGUCAUGGGGUCAGGGAUGUGCCAUGCCUAACUACCCCGGAGUCUACGUCAAAGUGUGCGAGUUCCUCUACUGGAUUGAGGACACCCUGGCAGCCAACCCCUGAAGAAAUUACCCAUUUUUCCUUCACUUCACCCCC